CCCAAUAGAAACUGUGCCUGAUUUGUGGCCAAUGUUGGAGAUGUAAAAAAAGGAGGGGGGAGCAAAAACACUAAAGGGGUAGCUAUGGAGAUGGAGCGUUUUCCUGGCUGCUUUCUUUGACAGGUGUUGAGUAGGGUAAAAGUCUUAAAACAGACUCCAGCAUGUACGCCAAAGGUAAAGGAGCUGUCGUCCCUUCCGAUAGCCAAGCGAGAGAAAAGUUAGCUUUAUAUGUGUACGAGUAUUUGCUUCACGUCGGCGCACAGAAAUCAGCACAGACCUUCCUGUCAGAGAUCCGAUGGGAGAAGAACAUCACACUUGGGGAACCCCCAGGAUUCCUCCACUCAUGGUGGUGGUACGUACGCACUCAUCCUGCUCUGGUGACCUUCAACUACUCUGUUCCUUGUUGUUUCUCUGCAGACUCUACGAACUCGAGUGAAAACAUUUACACGAUGAUGAACCCUAUAGGCCCCGGGGGAAACCGACCGAACUUCCCGAUGGGACCAGGUCCUGACGGGCCGAUGGGUGGGAUGGGCUCCAUGGAGCAGCACCAUAUGAACGGAUCACUAGGGUCAGGUGACAUGGAUGGGUUGCCAAAGGUGAGCCCCAACAACAUGGCCGGGAUGAACAAUCCGCCCGGCACCCCGCGUGACGACGGAGAGAUGGCAGGCAACUUUUUAAACCCAUUCCAAAGUGAAAGUUAUUCACCCAACAUGACGAUGAGUGUUUGAUUUCCUCUUUUUAUUAUUUAGUUUUUUUGUUUGAUUUCCUUUUCGUUCUCCCUAAUCUCCCUCUCCCCCAUUUGCCCCGGUGCCUCUCGCAUUGCCCUCCUCCCUCCCCGCUUCCUCCCCACGCCCUCCUCCCCCCCGCCCCCUCCCUCCUCCU